CCUUCACGCCUUGCCGAGCCCUGAUUCACGUCCACUCGUGCGCGCUGGUGCUUUGGACUCGUGCAACAGCAGAUCAUCGGUACCAGCACGAGAUGUGUCCUUCAUAUGCGGCCAUAUAGCGCCUAAUUCGGCGUUUUAUACCCGGAAUCGUGAAGAACGGUGACUUCGCACCAUCCGGGAGCUUCAUCUGGUCCGAUUGAAGUCAAUCCAGCCUGUUUGGUGUAUUACACGGAUCAGCUCGGCGUCUGUAUUCAUGAUAUUUCGGGCAUUAUAUUGUUGAAUAUAACAGAUAAUCAUGGCGAGUGACUCUCCUGCGAGGAGUCUGGAUGAGAUCGACCUGUCUGCUCUGCGGGACCCUGCGGGCAUUUUUGAGCUGGUGGAGCUUGUGGGUAAUGGGACCUACGGACAAGUAUAUAAGGGACGCCAUGUCAAGACAGGCCAGCUCGCUGCUAUCAAGGUCAUGGAUGUCACAGGGGAUGAGGAGGAGGAGAUCAAAGCUGAGAUCAACAUGCUGAAAAAAUAUUCCCACCAUCGUAACAUCGCCACCUACUAUGGUGCCUUCGUCAAGAAGAACCCACCUGGCAUGGAUGACCAGCUCUGGUUGGUUAUGGAGUUUUGUGGCGCUGGUUCAGUGACAGACCUGAUAAAGAACACCAAAGGGAACUCUCUUAAGGAGGAGUGGACUGCCUACAUUUGCAGAGAGAUCCUCAGGGGUCUGACCCACUUGCAUCAGCAUAAAGUCAUCCAUCGUGACAUCAAAGGUCAAAACGUUUUGCUCACAGAAAAUGCAGAAGUCAAACUAGUUGAUUUUGGUGUGAGUGCGCAGUUGGACCGUACCGUCGGUAGGAGGAACACUUUUAUUGGCACACCAUAUUGGAUGGCUCCAGAGGUCAUAGCCUGUGAUGAGAAUCCCGACGCCACAUAUGACUUCAAGAGCGAUCUCUGGUCGUUGGGAAUUACGGCUAUUGAAAUGGCAGAAGGAGCCCCUCCGUUGUGCGAUAUGCAUCCCAUGCGUGCACUUUUCCUCAUACCCAGAAACCCAGCUCCCCGACUCAAGUCCAAGAAGUGGUCUAAAAAGUUCCAGUCAUUCAUUGAAAGCUGUUUAGUGAAGAAUCACAAUCAGAGACCAAGCACUGAACAGCUCAUGAAACAUCCCUUCAUCAAAGACCUUCCCAACGAGAGACAGGUCCGAAUUCAGCUCAAAGACCACAUUGACCGGACCAAAAAGAAGAGGGGAGAGAGGGAUGAGACAGAAUACGAGUACAGUGGAAGUGAAGAGGAGGAGGAAGAGCGAGACAUAGGAGAGCCAAGCUCCAUCAUAAACAUCCCUGGUGAGUCGACCCUGAGGCGGGACUUCCUGCGUCUGCAGUUGGCCAAUAAGGAGCGCUCCGAAGCCCUGAGAAGACAACAGCUAGAACAGCAGCAGAACGAAGAACACAAGCGCCAACUACUGGCCGAGAGACAGAAGCGCAUUGAGGAACAAAAGGAGCAGCGAAGGAGACUAGAGGAGCAACAGCGACGGGAGAGAGAGCUCCGAAAACAGCAGGAGAGAGAGCAGAGGAGGCGCUAUGAAGAAAUGGAGCAGCUCCGCAGAGAUGAGGAGAGGAGACACGCUGAGAGAGAGCAGGAAUAUAUCCGUCGGCAGUUAGAAGAAGAGCAAAGGCAGCUGGAGAUUCUUCAACAGCAGCUUCUCCAAGAACAAGCUCUUCUGCUGGAAUAUAAACGGAAGCAGCUGGAGGAGCAGCGUCAGGCCGAACGGUUGCAGCGGCAGCUUCAGCAGGAGAGGGCUUACCUGGUCUCACUGCAGCAACAGCAACAAGAGCCACGGCCCGCGGACAAAAAACAACUGUACCACUACAAAGACUCUGUCAACCCGAGUGACAAACCGGCCUGGGCCAAAGAGGUGAUGGAGAGAGCUCAGAGUAACUCCCCUCGAAUCCCUCCCAAGAAGCACCAUUCGUUUAACAGUCCUGGAGAAAAACGUGUCCCUGCUGACCACAACCCCUCUAAUCAGCCCACGAGACCCCCUUCCUACCCAGCGGCCUCCCACUCAAGAGAGAUGGAGCUGGCCGAGCCUCAGCCUAGGAUAGUCAGUGGUCCGAACGUUCCUAGAAUCCGUGUGUCUUGCGAGCCAGAUCCGUCCCAGCUGCUCAGGAUGGUCCAGCAGGAGCAAGAGCUCUGGGCCCGCAAUCCCGGUCGCUCCAGCAAAGGGCCUGAUAUUGAGAGAGACUUAUACGUCUCAAAGGUUGAGGAACGAUCCAAGCUGAACCGCCAGAGCUCUCCUGCUCUCCAGCACAAAGUGGCCAACCGUAUUUCUGAUCCCUCCCUGCCUCCCCGCUCAGAGUCCUUCAGCAGUGGAGGCAUACAGCAGGCCCGGACGCCUCCCAUGCAUCGCCCGGUAGAGCCUCAGAUGGCGCACCUAGUUUCGGUGAAGUCCCAUGGCUCCUCCAUGACAGGAUCCCAGUCUCUGCAUGAUCAGUCCUCUCAGGGCGUCUCAGCCUUCCAAGAGAACCUGUCGCCUCACCGACCCCCAAUGCCUCGCCAGAACUCUGACCCCACGUCAGAAACCCCGGCCCCACCACCCCGCAUCACCAGCCGAGAUGACAAGUUUGACCGCAGCUCUUGGCUGAGGCAGGAAGAUGAUGUCCCGCCUAAGGUACCCCAAAGGACCACUUCCAUAUCCCCUGCGCUGGUGAGAAAAAAUUCUCCUGGGAAUGGACCAGGUGGACUGGGACCAAGAACCGGAGCACAUCUGAUCCGAGCCAGUAACCCAGACCUGCGUAUUACCAUGGACCCGGCUCACCAGAGAACCAGUAGUGGGAGUUCUUCCAGCUCUAGCACGCCCAGCUCUCAGGGCGGCUCCAGUGAGAGGAACCGGGUGGGAGGCUCCAGUAAACCUGAGGGAUCCCCAUCAGUGUCCCAAGAAUCCAAACCCAAAAACCAGGAGGAGAACAGGGAGGUGACCAGACCCAGCCGACCAGCGAGUUAUAAGAAAGCCGUAGAUGAGGAGGAGCUGGACCUCACUGCUCUGGCCAAAGAACUCCGCGAGCUGCGAACCAAUGAGGAAACAAACCGGCCACCCAGGAAAGUGACGGAUUACUCCUCAUCCAGUGAGGAAUCGGAAAGCAGUGAGGAUGAGGAUGGAGAAGGCGGGGCUCAUGAUGGAACGGUCCCUGUUAGUGAUAUUCCACGCAUUAUGCCUCCUGCUGGCCAGGGUGGCGCUGACUCACUGGGCAACCUGGAGGAUUCUCAUGCCAAUGACUCAUUUGGUAAUAAUUCACAAGACGGCACCCUGAUGAUGCGUGAGACGUUUGGGGAAAGAAAGCUCGGUCAUGCCGAGAGCAAUGGUUUCCCCGGUAACUUCAAUCUGCCCGAUCUAGUGCAGGAAAGCCACUCGCCUGGCGAGGGCCCUGGGCGGCAUUCUAGCGGGCUGGACCUGGACUCUGUGGCUGAAUUUGGGAUGGGGAGUGGAUCCAAAGCUUCCUUCACUCCUUUUGUGGAUCCACGAGUGUAUCAGACCUCCCCCACAGAAGACGAUGAGGACAACCUUACCUCAGCUCACUUUGCAGAUGAACUCAUGCGGCAGGAACAGGAACAAGCUCGAUUGAAUGAGGCUCGGAAAAUUUCAGUUGUCAAUGUCAAUCCCACCAAUAUCCGGCCACACAGCGACACGCCGGAAAUCCGCAAGUACAAAAAGCGCUUCAACUCUGAGAUCCUGUGUGCUGCACUAUGGGGAGUGAACCUGCUGGUAGGAACCGAAAAUGGACUCAUGUUACUAGAUCGCAGUGGUCAAGGCAAAGUCUACAAUCUGAUCAACCGCAGGCGCUUUCAACAGAUGGAGGUUCUGGAGGGUCUCAAUGUCCUGGUCACUAUAUCAGGCAAAAAGAACAAACUGAGGGUCUAUUAUCUGUCAUGGCUCAGAAACAGGAUACUUCACAAUGACCCCGAGGUAGAAAAAAAACAAGGAUGGAUCACUGUUGGUGACCUAGAGGGUUGUGUCCACUAUAAAGUCGUCAAAUAUGAGAGGAUUAAGUUCUUGGUGAUUGCAUUGAAGAAUGCAGUGGAGAUUUAUGCCUGGGCUCCCAAACCAUACCACAAAUUCAUGGCUUUUAAGUCUUUCACAGAACUUCAGCACAAGCCUCUGCUUGUAGACCUGACGGUGGAGGAGGGUCAGAGGUUAAAGGUUAUCUAUGGCUCCAGCGUUGGUUUUCACGUGAUAGAUGUCGACUCUGGGAAUCCAUACGAUAUCUACAUCCCAUCCCACAUUCAGGGCAGUGUUACACCUCACGCCAUUGUGGUGCUUCCCAAGACCGACGGCAUGGAGAUGCUUCUGUGUUAUGAAGAUGAGGGAGUCUAUGUGAACACAUACGGCAGAAUCACUAAAGACGUGGUGCUCCAGUGGGGAGAGAUGCCCACCUCUGUUGCCUACAUCCACUCCAACCAGAUCAUGGGCUGGGGAGAGAAAGCCAUUGAGAUCCGCUCCGUGGAAACGGGACACCUCGACGGAGUUUUCAUGCACAAGCGAGCACAGCGACUGAAGUUCCUUUCGGAGAGAAACGAUAAAGUGUUCUUUGCCUCGGUCCGAUCAGGAGGCAGCAGCCAAGUUUUCUUCAUGACCUUGAACAGAAACUCCAUGAUGAAUUGGUAAUUCAUUCCCGCCCCUCCUCUGCAUUGUAUCCGUGGACCUUUUCUACUUCAUUGAAAAGUGUGAAAAAAGGAACGACAGGAAAAUCCAGGGGCUCUGGAUAAUCUGGCAGAUGGCAAAAAGACCGAACCUAGCUGGGUCCUUCUCAGAAGAGUCAAAGACAAACCCAAACGCCCCAACGAACAACAAAAGGUGGCAGAGGAGCACAACCGGUCUGCAUUGUUUUAUAUGGCCCUUUCAUUAACAUUUGUGGGGUUCUGAUGUUUUUGUCCUUAUAAAUAUGUAUCUAGAUUCUUCUGGACGUGAAGACUGGAAAUAUGGGAAAUCCAACCCACAGAGUAGAGUGAAUAUUUGUUAAGACACUUUUUGACACGAUAACUUAUCACGGUUGCGCUGAACGUCGGUAAACCUCCCUUGCGGGAUGAAUCCAUUGAGCCUGGUUUGUGUGAUCAACCCUUUUUCUUUUUUAUGUUUCAGCUUGGAAUGCACACAGAUGUUUGUGUCAUGUGGAAAUCACUCUAAUGUGUGAAUCGAAACUGAUAUUUAAGACUUGUAUGAUACUUUAUGAAAUACCACAUUAUGUUGGAGCAGACACACUUCGGGCUGUCCACAGAAUGCCUUAAAAAUGAAUUUGCAAAGCUGCUCGUUUUUAUUUUGAAGUCCAUAAUAUAUUGACGUGUAUGCAUUUUUUCUGUAAUGAAAAGGGAACAUGGUAAUUUUUGGGAUGGAAAUUGAUGCCUGCUGAAAUGGACAUAUAAAUAUAAAUGAUCCUGAAUAUUAAUACUGUGCAUUCCUUGUUUUAUGCCAAAGCUCUAUAGUAUUCACAUCACAUUUCACACAGCCUGUGAUUCGCGCCGUUUUCCUUGUGUUCAGAACCUUUUUCAGUUUAUUUCAAUCACCUCCGCAACUUAUUCAUGCACAUAAUAGGAAUAUAACAGUUCACCCUACAAUUCAAAUUCAAUGUUAAUACAAAACUAUCACUGAAUCAUUCAGUCACACACACACACACACACACAAAAAGAGACAUUUAGCACAAUGUCCAAGCUGCUCUUUUCCAUAUAAUUAAAAUGACCAAAUGCUGCCAAGAUCUAAAAUGGACAAAAAAGCAUUGUAGUACGUACAGAUUGUGCACUGUAUUUCUAGUUUCUGAAGCCAUAUAAUGUUUUCUGUGAGGAACAGGCUCACUAAUGAAUCAUGAACAUCUUACUUGACAUCCCUGGUCACUUUUCACUUCCAUUGUCUGGAAAAUAACAGCCUGAACAUUAGUUUUGAAAGACGAUAGGGUGAGCAAAUGACAAUUUUUGGCUAUUGGUGAACAAAUUUCCCGAUUUGACUUCAGGAAUCUGUCUGAAUCCUUCAACUGAUGGGUAAAUACUACAGAGCUUUGUAUUGAAACAUAAAAAAGUACAUAAAGAUUCUGUUAGAGUAUGCAAGUUGCUGUGUAAGUGUGUGUGUGUACAUGUGAAUGAAUGAUGAAAUGUAACGCUUUCCACCAACAAUACAAAAACGUUCGAUAUGUUAGCAUUAACAUACCAGCAAUCUCAACUUGUUUUCGUACCAGGUGUAACACGCCUCCACGUGUCAUUAGGAUAAGAAUGUGCUGCAGUUUUGUAUUUUUAAGUUUGUUUUCUCAUGACUUUCAGCAAAGUGCAAUAAAGGCCAAGGGAAUCGAGCCUGGUGAGUCAAUUGCUCGCCUUUCCUCAAGAUGGAUCUCUAAUUUCCAACUGUUUCUAGAGGGACUUUCACUACCACCCUCUGUAAAUAUCCACUUCCUUUUUGGAAAAGAGUCCUGCCUCCGAAACGAAUCCAUUUGAACUGUCUGUGGUUCUGUACGAUCCAUCUUGUCCUCUGUGUGAAUCACAUACUGUAAAUCGGUGAACGAAGGGUAGUGUUUUACAGAGCUUCCUUUUAGGCUACCUCGUUUCUGUUCACCUGUUGGGUCGGUUCAGAUUGCAUUGUGGGCAUCGAUGCCGUAAAUGAAACUUUGUGAGUGACAAUGAGGCAAUAUUCAUGAUCGUAGAAGAGGCAAGUAUUUAUUCUCUUUUUAAAAUGCAACCAGUAGAUCAGUGAAUUUUCAAGUUUAUUCAAUUUUAAAAUAGGCGAUUUUUAAUUGGCGAUUAAAUAUGUUGUAAAUGAACUAAUGUUAAAGAAGCCUAUGUUGUCAUUACAUGUAGAUUCAGAGGUGAUUUAAGUGUAGAGCGCCAGACAGAAAUUUUCAGAAAUGGAAGCUUUAAAAAAAAAAAAAAUCAUGGUGCAAUGUCUCGUGCAACAGCCAAAUCAAGCCUACACUUCAUAUUAGGGUGAUUCUUCAAUUAGGGACUUUUUAAGUAUUUUUAUUUAAGCCUAAUGAUAUAUUGAGUUAAUUUGGAUUAUUUGUACAGUUUUUUUUUUCUCCAAUACUGGUCAUUACCGCAACCAGAUUAUUAGCUGUCAUUACUUGAGUUUUGAUUCACAUUUUUUUUUUUUUUUUUCAUGAACAAGCACACAACUGUCAUGUUAUUUCUACUUGAAAGUUAUGGGAAAAUAUCAUAUUGUAUGGAGCCAUUUAAAUAAUCUUUUCGUGAUUUUGUGUACUUGAAAAUGCCUCUGAUUGCAGAAUCGCCCAUUAAUAGACUUGAAGUCCUUCCAAACGACAUGGCAUUUUAUUCAAAUGGAAUCAUCAAGUCCUUUAUGUACUUUUAUACAUUUGCAUUACUGUUCUGUAAGGGCAAUAGAGUGUGAAAUUCAUUUGACACAACUUGGAUCUUUUGAGACUUCAUGUUUUUUAUCCAUCAAACUGUGAACUGGGUGGAUGUGUGUGCAGGUUUGAAGUACUUACGGGAUCUUCCCAUCCAUUUUAUCAACACAAAUGUAAACUGUGAGGUCGAUUGAUUUCAUCAUCCUCUCUCACGCAACCACCUUCAGUGUGGAAAGUCUUUUGAUGUGUGCUUGACCUCGUUUUCUUUCUUAAUAUGGACAUUAAUACUGUAAGUACAUCCUUUAUAUUCAGGCUGAGCGAGUUGUUUUAUUUCUGUAUUUCUCUUCAUUUUUUGCGUGUAUUAAACUCUGAGAUUUAUAGCACAACCAA